CCUCUGGCACGUGGCUUUGCAUGUUGCAAAGUUGGCUUCCGCCUUUGCGAUUGGCCGCCUGGAGGGAUCCGCAGAUCCUUCUCUCUUUCGUUCUUGCGGGGAUUCGGAAUUCAUUCUUGCGGGGAUCUGGAACGCUGAUGCGUGUCAAGUCUCUGGCGUCCUUUGUAGGGAGAAUCUGCUCGGUCCAGAACCAUGCCUGCCGGUGUAAGUUGGCCCAAAUACUUGAAAAUCCUUACUGCAGCCUUCUUGUCCAUGCUUGCUGGUGCACAAACCGUCCACAAAUUUUACAAACCUGACCUCACAUCAGAUAUUCCUCUGGAAGCUGGAGAGCUCAGAACAGAAAUGCCAAGUCUAAAAAAUACGAAUGAGCCAGUUCAACCUUUACAACCACGAUCAUGAAACAUGCCUGUCCUAAUGUUUCCUCUAUUUGUAUCUAUUUUAUGUAUCCAAUCCAUGUUUAUACUUAUUACCUAAUACGUUCUUGAUAAAUAAAUAAAUAAAUAAAUGUUGCAUCCUCCAUAAAGUGUUCCUUAGUAGGAUUUAUAAUCUGAACACGUACAACUGGAAAAUCAUGAAUAUUUAUAAGGACUUAUUUUGUAUCUGUAUUGUUUUCUUGAGUCCAAGACUGCCUCUCCUACGGUCUGCUCCUUUUUCCCCGCCUUACAAAGGUGACCUCCUCCUCAGCCAUUGCUUUUGUUUCUGUAUCUACCUGUAACCUUUACUUCGCUACAAUUGCUCUCAGUGUUGCAGAGCUAUGUCAGUUUUUUCCCCUUAAAAAUUCUUUGCAGGGUAUAUUAUGUUUUGGAGAAUGCUGGGAUAUCUCUGUAUUAGUUCAAUUACCAUUUAAAAAGCAAAUGUUUGGAAACAUGUUUUGCUAUAAGUUAAUUAAACAAGGUAUCCAUUUGAAGCUCCCCUUGAAGAGCACUCAGAGGCUCCAACUGGUCCAGAAUGCGGCUGCGCGGGUGAUUAUGGGGGCGACUCGUCGCACCCACGUGACACCUCUCCUGCGCGAGCUGCACUGGCUCUCAGUGGUCUUCCAGGUGCGACUCAAAAGUGUUGGUUACCACCUUUAAAGCACUCCAUGGCUUAGGACCGGGGUAUAUACGAGACCGCCUUCUGCCAUUGACAGCCUCCCACCGGCCAAUACGCUCCCACAGAGAGGGGCUCCUCAGGGUGCCGUCGGCCAAACAAUGUUGACUGGCGACGCCCAGGGGGAGAGCUUUCUCUGUGGGGGCACCAGCCCUCUGGAAUGAGCUGCCCCUAGAUGUGCGUAUAAUCCCCAACCUGCGCACCUUUCGCCGUGCCCUGAAGACCCUCUUGUUUCAACAAGCCGGGCUGGCCUAACAUGAAUAUGAAUUUUAAUGGGUGUAUGUUAGUUUUUAAUUUGUGGGCCAAAUUUUUGUAUAUUUGAUUUUAAUGGUUUUUAAAUUUUGUAAAUUUUAUGUGUUUUAAUAUGGCUGUACACCGCCCUGAGUCCUUCAGGAGAAGGGCGGUAUAGAAGUCUAAUAAAAGUAAAAAAUAAAAGUAAAGAUUAGGUUUAGCCUCCCACACUACUGUACUGCAAUAUGGUUUUCUGCAAAGCAGGCAUUCAAUGUCAAUAACUUAGCAAUUUUAUUUCAGUGAUAUUUGUUGACUAUUUUGAAUUUUCACAAUCAACUUUUCAUAUUAAAUGCAGUGUUUAAAUAUA